CCGCAGAGCCGGAGCCAGCCGGGGACUGGAGACGAGGCAGCGGCAGUCGAGCCCCAGAUGCUGACGCCCCGGUGAGCAGCAAGAGGGACAGCACAGAGCCCAUGUAAGAGUGCAGCAUCCCGGGGGCUGUCGUGGUGUGGGGACUCAGUGGGGGACUAGAGGAGGUGAGGACCUGGCUGGGCAUCUCUGAGCAGGACCCAAACAAGCUGGAGCUGAGGAUGCCAGAGCCAGCAGCGCUCAGCGGGGACAAGAAAGUGGUGGAGAAGAAGCGGGCGGAGGCAGUGGGAGCCAAAGGGAGCACGGCCGGGGCUGCAGUCCCCAAGAGCCUCCCCGUGCAGAAGAAGGUGGAGCCCUCCAGCCUGGACCCUGCAGAGGAGCCUCUCCUCUGGGAAGGGCUCACCCUCAACAAGUGCAUCCUGGUGGCCUCCAUCGUUGCCCUGCUCAGUGUCACUUUCCAGGUGCUCCAAGCACCAUGCUCCAAGGAGGGAGUCAGCCGUGGCAGGCAGGAGCCUCCACCACCUCCCAUUCACGAGGUGGUCAGUACCAAGGAGGAGGUCCCAGAAGUGGUGACAGCUCAGCCAGCGCAGCCCAAGAGCACCAUGGUCAAGGACGAUGGUGGUAACCAUGGUGAUGACAAAAGUGAUGACAACGAGUAUGGCAAUGGUGAUGACGACAGUGAUGAUGACAGAACUGCUGACAGCAACCUGGGAGAGCCCUGGAUCUUCAAGAAGUGGUUCGGCCGCUCAGUCCCAGAGGAUAAGGAUGAAGAGAAAGGGGAUGAGAAGGAAGGAGAUGAAGAGGACAGGGAUAAAAAUGGAGGAGAUGAAGAGGACAAGGUUGAGAAGGAAGGAGAUGAAGAGGACAAGGAUGAGAAGGAAGAAGAUGAAGAGGACAAGGAUGAGAAGGGAGGAGAUGAAGAGGUUGGGGAUGAGAAGGAAGGAGACGAAGAGGACACAGAUGAAAAGGGAGGAGAUGAAGAGGUUGGGGAUGAGAAGGAAGGAGACGAAGAGGACACAGAUGAAAAGGGAGGAGAUGAAGAGGAUGGGGAUGAGGAGGGAGGAGAUGAAGAAGUUGGGGAUGAGAAGGGAGGAGAUGAAGAGGAUCAGGAUGAGAAGGGAGGAGAUGAAGAGGACACAGAUGAAAAGGAAGGAGAUGAAAAGGAAGGAGAUGAAGAGGAUGGGGAUGAGGAGGGAGGAGAUGAAGAGGACACAGAGGAGAAGGAAGGAGAUGAAGAGGAUGGGGAUGAGAAAGAACAGGAUGAAGAGCUCAUAGAUGUCCCUGAGGUGCCACUAGCAGCAUCAGAGGUGAAGAAGAGCUGGGAGAAGAAGCCAGAGAAGAAGCUGGAGAAGAAGGAGAAGAAGCCAGAGAGGAAGGAGGAGAAGAAAAGGAAGAAGGAGGAGAAGUUCCGGGAGGGCUGUGCCACCCAGAUGGAGCGGAGCAGCCGGAGGGAAGCGAGAGCCAAGGACAGGGCACAGCGGGACAAACCCAGCAGAGCCUCCAGAGCACUCCGGGAGCUGGAGCAGCCCCAGAAGAAGCGGGGCUGGGAGAGGAAGGAGAGACGGAGGGAGAGGGAUGAGCCCAGGAGGGAGGGGUGGAAGGGCCGUGACAGUGCCCGGCAGAGCCCGAAGCGGGACUGGCGUCAGAAGGGCAGAAGGCCCUGGGAGCAGGAUGGCACCGCCAGGCACAGGGAGGGCAAGAAACGUGACUGAGGCCGGGGCCACUGAGGGGCUCGAUGAUGCUGAAUCCAGGGGGGUCCAACCCCACCACCCCCAGCAUGGACACUCUGCCAUCCCCAGAGACAUCCCCGGGGCUGGUGCCACGGGCAGGGUGGGCAGCGCUCCGGGAUCUCAGAACAGCAGUGGAGAAGCCCAGGAGCCUGGCACCAGCCUCCUGGGGACUUUGGGGCCCCCUGGAUUAGAAGCACAAAGGCGACCUGAAAGGACCAGGGGAAGGAGCUUCUCUUCAUCUGGGCUUUGCACUAGUUCUCUGUUCCCCACCCCAGAAAUUUUUCUCAUGGUUCAUUUUCAUUUGUGGCCACCAAGGUGUCGAAGCGGCACAGAGGGCACAGGGGUCCCAGUGAAGAGAGUUUGUCUCCAGACUGUGAAGCUUUUGAGUUCAGUGACUGGUUUUAUUUAAAGUAAAGCAAGAGAAAAAAGUGUAUUUUGGAUUAACAAAGCCAGGCUGCUGUCAUCCUCAGAGGGACAUCAGGGGAGUGACCACCCCAACCUCACCGGGCCCUGGUGCUGUGGCUGCAGGGUGGUGUGAAGCUUGCUGGUGACAGGAGAGGGCUGGAGAGCCCAUCACCCAGGGGUCCCUUCAGGCCUUGCCUUCACAGAGUCGCUUUUAGGAACGAAACCCAAGUGCACUAUCACACAGCUCUAUAGCAACUGCAGGAGACGUUCACAGCCCCAGCCCACGGCAGGUUUCAGUAUUUGCUAAAUCGAUAGAGGUUCAAAUAAACUAUUUUCAUUUUUAA